AUGGACGUCAGUCACCAAGGCAUUUCGAUUCAACCUGUCUUCAACCUCAAUGAGUAUGAUCUCGGGCCGGCCUUCCCGGACGAGGACCUGCUUCUCGGAGACGGGGCAGCGUACUCUAGUGAGACGCUGUACGCCUCUCCCCCGACGGGCGCCUCUUCGGCAGUGGCUGCCAAUAACUCACGUCCGCAAAUUAGCUCGCCCAGAACGCCGGUUCAGAAGCAGAGGCUUGAACGAAGAGGACAUACGAAGAGCCGAAGAGGAUGCUUCAACUGCAAAAGAAGGCGGAUCAAGUGCCAAGAAACGCGCCCAUCUUGUGGUCAUUGUGUCAAGACCGGUUUGAAGUGCGAAUACCCAAGCACGCCAGCCAUCACACACCAGCCUCACCACCAAGUCCCGCUCUUUAGCUUGCAGGACAUGAGGUUCUUCCAGCACUUCAUGCUCCAGUGCUACCCGCACCACCCCAUCGGCAACGAGAACAUUUGGACUCACGAGAUUCCAUGCUUGUCUCAAAGCCACGAGUUUUUAAUGCACGCCAUCCUCGGCAUGGCGGCCUGUGAUCUAAUGGCCCAAGACCCGAGCCUGUUGGCCUUCGCCAUGGCACACCGUAUCAAGGCCAUCAAGGCAAUCAAGAAGUCUCUGGCCGAGCUUCCGACCAAGGGGACCAACGCUGAGCACGCCAACGCGCUCGUAGCCACGUGCUUCGCACUGACGUUCCAGUCAACCAGCUUUGAGGACGGCAUGGGCGAGUUUAUGACCUUCAUCCGUGGCAUUCUCAUCAUUGGCGCGCAGAUGAUGUGCAAAGGGAUCAAGCCCGUGUUCGUCAACAUGCUUGACCAGGAUUCGCGGGCGGUCUUGGAGCCGAAGAUGGUGAAUCUUCCAUUGAUACGGCAGGAGUGGGCGGACGGGGCGGUUGAGGCCAUUGUUGGCGUGCAAGAUGCAUACAUCAUCCUGGGAAGGUACCGCAAAGUCUCUCUACCUGCCCCAAUAUUGGAGAGUUCGUCAAAAGAAGAAGAAGAAGCUGACCUGAGCGAACCUCGCAAAGCGUACAGAAUGAUCUCGAAGCACUACGGCUGGUGGAUCCAGCUGCCACAUGACAAGUUCCAGCGGGUCAUCGACAUGUCGAACAUGACGAUGGUUCUCCUGGCUACACACUGGGUCGCCGCUCAGCUGGUAAUGGCGUCGGUCACCAAGGCCGAGCAUGAAUGCCGCGAGAAGGCGCCUCCGAAGAAGGAGACGGACAACCCGGAGGACACGGGCAGCAUUGUCCGCUGGCUGAGGUAUCUGAACAGGCAGAUAGACCAUGAGCAUCUCAUAUACAACCAGUGGCCGGUGUGGGUGGAGGACCAGAUGAGCCGGGAUCACUUCUUCUUUACAAAAUUGUAA